CGCGAGGAAACAAGGUGGGUGUAGCCUGGUAUCCCAUGCAACAAAAGACGACGAACAGUGGGAAAACUCUAAUCAGUGUGCUUUGGUUAAUUAAUAUGAAUUAAUAAAAAAAAAGAAAGAGAUAAUAAUAAAUAACAAUGGGAUUAUUUUCAAAGUUGCAUUUUAAUAAAGUUCAGGAUUUACAUCACAUUUGCUUGCACGUCCUUCAAUUUGUCCACAUGCCGCCCUUUAUUAACAAAUGACCCACCUUCUUUUCUAUCCCCUUUUCUUCUUCGACCUAACCCCUUCUCUCUCCCUCUCUCUGUCUCUCUGUCUCUCUUCUUCUUUGCUUUGCUCUUCCUCUAGGGUUAAAGCGACGCUCACAGCAUAUAUACUCUUCUGAUUGUCAAGCUCUAAAUCGUCGAUCAUGGACGGUGGUGGUAGUUUCAACAAAGACAGUAACCUUUUUGUUACUGAACAACAAUUAGAAGAAAACGACAACGUUUCAUCAGAAACAGUCGCCGAAUCUCCUCCUUGUUCCACGUUCAAAGACAUUAAACUCGGUUCUCCUAAAAAAGGAAGAUCCGUACAGAAAAGGGUGGUGUCAGUGCCAAUCAAGGACGUUGAAGGUUCCCGCCUUAAAGGAGAGAGUGCUCCGCCGCCCGAUUCUUGGGCUUGGCGAAAGUACGGUCAAAAACCCAUCAAAGGCUCUCCUUACCCCAGAGGUUAUUACCGAUGUAGUAGCUCAAAGGGAUGUCCUGCAAGAAAACAAGUUGAGAGGAGCCGUGUGGACCCUACAAUGUUAGUGAUCACGUACUCCUGCGAACACAAUCAUCCUUGGCCCGCUUCUAGAAACAACACUACCGCCGCUAAACAAGCUGCCGCGGCGGCAGCGGCUGCAGCAGCAGUAGCAGCAGAGGCAUCAACCACAACAGGUGUAAAGCCCGAGUCAUCUACGUCACAGCCCGACACGGAACCGGAAUCAGGGACCGAAGAGAGGUUCGCUGAUCUGACGGACGACUCUAUUCUUACAACGGGGGAUGAAUUUGCUUGGUUCGGAGAGAUGGAAACGACGUCGUCGACGGUUUUGGAGAACCCGAUAUUUACGGAAAGGGACAACAGCGGGGCUGACGUGGCGAUGUUUUUCCCGAUGAGGGAAGAGGACGAGUCGUUAUUCGCCGAUCUGGGCGAGUUGCCGGAGUGCUCGCUUGUGUUUAGGCACCGACGGAAUGUGGGACCACAAGUCGGGAUCUGCUGACACGUUGCCAGUAAACAAUUUGCAAGUGGCAGAGGAGUCGUUGGUUUCAACGUCAUGCCGUGCAAAUCGUGUAGCACAAGACACGAAAUUCAAAACGGAGACAACAAAAGAAAAAUGAAAUUUUAUUAUUAUUAUUUUUUUAAAGAAUCUCUUACAUUACAUUAUCCGUUUAAGGGCAUUUCGAAUUACCUCUGAAUUUUUUUUUUUUACAGUUUUUAAUUUGCCUUGAUUUCGGUGUAGUAAAUGAAUAAAAAUUCCGAAUUCCAAACUCUGUCGUUAUCUUGUUGUGUCUACCAACAUUUGCCGUCAGUUUAAGGGAUUUAAUUGAAAAGAAACAAUUUGAACAAGACUCAAAGCAGCAUUUCAUGAUUCACUGGUAACCCUUUUUAGACUUUAAAGUUAUUUCCAUAAUUUUCCUUUGUCUUUUCCAUACUUUUGU